CCAGCUCCUACAGCUCCUAGGAAUUUCAAAUUGACUGUUGAGUCAUCCACAGAGAUUAAAGCGUCGUGGAUUGCGCCCUUGAAGCUUAAUGGCGUCUUCAAACGUUACGUGGUGAGGUAUGGUUUAUCAAAAGAUGGCAUGAAUAAAAAGGUGUAUCCCACAACCACAGAGUACUCACUGACCCAACUGGAUGAGUUCUCUACUUACUAUGUUCAAGUCCAUGCUGAAACGGCUGUUUCUGGGUCUGCCUCCAGUGUUCUUUCGGCAAAGACAAAAGAAGAUGGUUAGUGCAGUUAUAGGUUGUUGUUAUUGUUGUUGUUGUUGUUGCUGUUUAUUUUUGCUUUGGUUUUCGUUCAUCAGUGUCUGCAGGUGGCAACCACAUGUAGCAUCCAAAUAACUUACAAGUACCACGCGAUACUUUCAAUGUAUGCGUCGCUUCAUGUUACAAGUGUUUAUUGUUUUUGGUUAACAAAUGUUUUCUCCACGGAUGACGUACUGAAUGUAAAGAAAUGCAAUUUAGAUCUUUAGAACCAAAGCAUGGGCACAGCUAGAAGAUAAUAGUUCAUGACCAUUAGCUAUUUGCCUUUGAGAAUGGGGACAUGUCAAAAAUACGUCAUGUUUAAUAUCGGUCAUAUCGGUCAUCGAUCUUCUUAGAUACAACGUUCUAAGUUUAACGUAGAUGUUAGCUGACAUAGAUCUUCUGAUUCUUUUAUUCUGACUUGCAACUACAGCUCCCAGUUCCGCUCCAGUCAUUAACAAACAAGAGACAAAGGCCGAGGAUGCGCACACCAUAAGAGUCAAAUGGAAUGAAAUUAAAAAAGAGGAUCAAAACGGCUUCAUAUUGGGAUAUGAGGUUUCAUACAAAGAAAGUGGAACAGAAAAAGUGUUAAGUUUUAAUGCAACAAAUACAAACACAAUAAUCACGCGCUUGAAGCCAUUUACGUCAUACUGCAUUCAAGUUCGAGGGUUUACAAGUGUAGGAAAGUCACCACUGAGCCCUUGCUCAGAUGUCCAGACAUUGGAUAAAGGUAUGCCAUCAUUGAAUUUAGUUUGAUUCAUCAUCAUCCUUGAAUUAAGGAAAUAUGAUUUGAGAGGUUUUUUCUUCGGGGAAAUAAAAGACGACGACAACAAUAGAAAAAAUAGCUAAAUAACUGAGUGAGGCUUUGAUCGGUUUAAACUACACUCAAUUUCUGAUGAAAAACUUCUGUUUCUGUUUUUCCAAUAGUUGUUUUUCUUGAGGUGCUCGUGGCACAUUAAACUCUCUAAUCAAAAAUAGCCUAAAAUAUGCUGAGCUUUUCUUUUUUCUAGAUCUUAAUAUUUUUUGUUGUUUUAUAUUUACUUUACUUUGUUUGUUUGUUUUUCUUUUUUCUUCACUGUGUUUAUUUAAGCCACUGAGUAAUUACUAACCACUCAAACUUAUUCAAAUCUUGUACUGUUAUUUAUUUUAAAAGGUCCAAGCCAUCCGCUCAAUGUUAAAGUUCAGGCCGUUUCUUCUGUUUCAAUUAUUGUAACGUGGGAGGAACCAGCUCACCCUAAUGGAUACAUAAGAGCGUAUAUAAUAUUGUAUGGAACAAGCAAGGACGUACAAAGUUAUGAGCAAAAAGUGACUAGAAGCACGCGUAAACGUAUUAUAGACGGCUUGAACAAAUAUACCACUUAUUAUGUGAAAGUCAGGGGUCGUACAUUGAAACCGGGAAAUUCUUCUGAAGUAUUCAAUGUCACAACUUUCGAAGAUAGUAAGUAAAUACUAAUGAUUCAUGGUUUUCAAGUGUUACUUGUAUUGCGGGAAACUAGAUUUUUCAUGUUUUAGAACGUCGGACUACCGUGCUGGAGGUCGUGGGUUCAAGUGCCAGACAUUUAUUUGCUGUAGGAAACAAUUUGGAAGAAUUAAUUUUGAAUUAAAUGAAGAUGCAGCGACUACUGGAAUGGUCAAUUAUAACAAUGACUUAUGAUGAAUUAUGAUGAAUUGUAUUAUUGAUUCCAUGAUAAUCUCGAAGAAGUUGAUGACAAUGAAUGUUGGAAAUAGUUCAUGGUUCGUGAAAAGCUCAGCGGUCGCCUUUGCUUCGUGAUUUACUUGCUUUUCUCGUUCUCAUCUUCUUACGAUCGUAUUUACACUAAAAUAACUAUAGAAUGGGAACUCCGUCGCUUAAAUAACUGAUUGCAUGAUCACUUGUUCGAUGGAUUGGCGGGUUGAUUAUUUUUGUUUAUUCUUAUUGUUAGUUUAAUUUAUUUCCUUUUUGCAUCCUAGGUCCUGGACCGCCAAAGGAGUUUAGGGCUCAGGUUGUAACAGGUGCCGAUGUUCAUCUUACAUGGAAGGAGCCUGAUAAUUCUAAUGGAAUUGUAAGGUUCUAUUACAUAAAGAUCUACAAUACUAAAACCGGCUCACAGGUCGGAAACGUACGCAACCAGAGCGCUGACGAGGAGUCAGACAUGCAGCACCACAGAAGGCUGAUACGAGGUCUCAAGUAUUAUACAGACUACACGUUCACAAUCCAGGCCGUUACAAUUAAACCUGGGGAAAUGGCUAACGCCACAGCAAGAACAGAGGAAGGAGGUAUAGUCCUUACCUUUUCAUAUUGAACGAAGCUGGUCGAAGAUUUUCUCUCAUCUCUUCUUUUCUCAAUAAAUGAAACCAUUUGUACGGGUAAUCACUUGAUUUCGAGAGCAAUUUGAAAUAAAUAAGCACGAGUAAAUUUAAGACUAAAAAAAUUGCACGAACCUACGCAUUCGUGUAAUUUACGGGUUAUCCUGUUUUUCAUUUACGGGUAUCUUGUUGAUUUACAAAAACCGUUAUACGCCUCUAAACACCGUAACUUACUGGCUGGUAUCGCUGUUUGUAACGUUUGAGAUAAAUGUUGGUUCUGACAGCCUGGAAGCACUUCAUCUAGUUAUUUCAACGUUCGCACACGUGCAAAUGUUCUACCCUUCCAUUGACACCAAUAAUUGAUCUAGGUCUGUUCCGCGAAUGGUACACGCAUGGGAACACUAACACUUCAAGUAUUUUCACACCGAUUACAAUUUAACUCCUCUGCAAGCGUUCCGUAUCUUCGUCAUACAAUUUUCUGAUCUCAAAGCAAUUGUUAUGAUUUGUUGUAGUCCCAAGUCAGCCCAGAGAUGUCACUACGAAACUUGACAAAGGUGGAAUUUCUGUCAGAUGGAAGGAUCCCCAGGACCACAACGGAAUUAUCACCAAGUACUCGGUGAGCUAAGCUGCAAAAAUCCGUUCAAUAUCAAACCUAUCGAAAAUUUAUACAGGUGCACUAAUGGUCUCGCAGCGUGCAAGUUUACAUUUCAGUCUUAGCUGAAAAUUAUCUUGUAAUCUUGUAAGAUAUUUUUUACAAGUCAAAUGAGACCCCAAACAACAGCCACAACUACAAAAAAGAUACGCUAGGGUGUGAAAUUGCGCCUAAUACAGGCGCCAAUGCGACUAAAUUUUUCACUUUGGCGACCAAAUCCUGAAAAUUAGAAGCCAAAUUGGCGUCUAGAACACUUCAUCAUAACCUUACCUAGAGAUAUAGUGAAUUAAAAGGAUUUGCAAAGACAAAUUAAAUCCGCGGCAAACUUCCUGGUUAAGUUGGUUUCCAAAACGCAGCACAUGAGUCUCGAUCGAUAACCAGACACAAUCUUGGAUUUACGUGAGCUUGAACGUUGAAUAUCAUUCAUUCUAGUGUCCACUUUGUAGCAUAUUAAAGAUCUUUUUUUUAACUUAAUUUUGGAGGGUCUAUUUAGAACGCUGACAGCACAAAAAGAGGUUUUGUUUGUCUUCAGAAAUAGCGACCGACUUUUUUCGAAUGACAAACAAACAAGCUACCACUUUGAAAAAUUUGGGGGCCAAAUGGCUAUCAGAAAUGCAUGAGAUAUUGCCACAUUGCGUUAUUUGAGUGUCUGAUGUUGUUUGCUUUGCUUUUUGUCUCGUUUUGUUUUUGUUUAGUGUUUGUUUCGUUGUGGAUUUGUUCAUUUGGUAGUUUUUUCGAGCUUGAUUAAAAUGUGUGAUAACUAUUCUGCUAGAAUGCAUUUUGUCAUGCUCAUGUAAUCGAAAGCUUCAAUUUUUGAGGAAUAAUGCCUUAGUGAUGAGCACGCUUUGGAGGUUUAUGGUUCUAUCAUCAGCUCCCGUUUGUUGUGUUCUUUUCAGUAAUGACACAUGUAGGCUUUCAAAUUAAAAAACCCGUAAGAAGGAAGGAACCACUGCCCAUUUCCUACCAUCGGAACCCUGAAGUUUAAGUGUGUAAAUUUUCUGUGAAUUCGGAACGAAUUUUCCCCUUCUCAUUACAACUGCAUUUGUUUGUCUUUCUCUGAGAUGUUGUAUCUUCCUCGAUUUUCAGGUAUACUUUGAGGGUAAAAGAGCAUAUAACACUUCCUUUCAACAUAACCACGAAAUAGUUUUAGACGAAACCUCUCGGAGCACUGAGAUAUCAGUGGAAAAGUUGAAGCCUGGUACAAAAUAUAGUGUCUAUGUGAAAGCAAAAACAGCCAAAGGAUAUGGAACCGCAAGUGAUCCUGUGGAGCUGGACGCACCAUCAAAACGUAUGCUAAAUGUUAUGUUUUUUUGUGUGAACAUGUAAGAACUGUAGUUCAGCUUGUAGAACAUUGGCCUAGUGUAUCGUUGCCAUGUGUCCCCACGUUGUCUACAUGAUUGGGAUGAAUUUUAGUUUGAUAAUUUGAAUGGGGUCAGCAAGCAACUCGCUCAAUCUUCGAGUGGUGGAUAAAGAAGGAGACAAGCAGUCGUAAGGACGGAUGGGCAGAUAGACAGACAGAUAAAUAAAGAGGGUAAGUUUCUAAAGAAACUGUGGUGCUGCGUCGGUGGACGAAGGGCUAACGCUCGAAACGUCAGCUUUUUUACCCUUUACGGUGGCUAAUUUACGUUUUCAACUCAGUUGUUAACACUAAAUUACCUGCCAGACAGACAGAUAGGCCGAUUGACUGAGAUAUACUUGUACAGAAAUACGGAUAAACAAACAGACAGAUAGAGACAGAUACACGGACAAUAUGCAAAAGUAAAGAUUUUUAUGUUACCUAGGAUGUGAAAAUUGGGCCACUAGUUUGUUCAUUUCUUUAGAUGACCAAAGGUCCGGUUUAAUCUUUAAUCUUUUUUCUCAUGUCAUCUGAAAGGAUCUCGGUGAUGAAACAUUUUUGCACUUUUACUUUUUUUCUUUUGUUUACAGGUCCUCCUAUUCCCAAACUCCCCCAAGUUGUCGAAGCUGACGUCACAACAACAACAAUUACGAUUUUUUUAUCUCCAUCCGAUGACACUAACGGAGAGAUCAUGUGAGUGCUGGGAAAUCCGUAUGUAAGACUGGCUUUUGUAAUUUUACGUCCGGCCAUUCUUGAAUUCCAAAAAAGGAGGAGCGGGGUGGUUUGCGAGGUUUGGGGUCAUCUUAGAGUUUCAUGGGAGGACGAACAAGGGGGAAAGGGGAGGGGGGUUCAGUUGUUGUCACCAAUAGAGUAAAAGGAGAACUAUAGAAAGGAAACAGUGGGGGCGGGCAUAGCCUUAUGGGCGGAUCGGGCAAAUUUUAUCUUAUACCACCGCUUAACAUAAAUCCUUCAAAAAUCCCCCACCCCUCAUCCCAGGCGAUGGAUAAUGACUGGUCCUAAACUGGAGAAUAAAGCAGAAGUGAUACUAAUCGUAAGGCCGUAGGUUCGGAACCUAUUGAGAGUACUUAGAUCGACCAUUUUUUUUUUUUCAGGUAUGCCUAUGUCUUUCACUAAAUAACAUCUUUCAUUCUGAGAUCGUUGAAAAAUUCAUCAGUCUUCCCCUAAAUAAGGACGUUCUUUAAAAGUUUUUAUCCUAAAAAGUUAAAUAUCCAGAAAGUGGAUUAAACAAGUUAAACAAUGGCCAAUCUUCGCUGCAAAGACUCCGAAGAAUUAAUAAUCAAGUUAUAUUUACCUCCAUAACAAAAGGGGAAAAUUUUCUUAACAAGUGUAAUGCGUUUUUGACAAGAACAUUAUUUCAUUUCCCAAUAAUAUUUUCGGGCGACACUGCCGAGUUAAUGGUAACAUAAUUUGUCUCUCUUUUUAUUCAAACACCAAACUUACUUGUUUAGUAUUACUACUUUACAUUAAAACUGACCUUUUUGAAACAUUUCCCCAUUCAGUCGGCAUGAGAUCAUAGUAGAAUUGCUCGGAACAGCCAGAGCUCGUCGCGAAACAUCUGCCCUCCCAGAGUACAUAUACGGCUUUAAGGAAGCGCAAACAAAUGGUGAUCGUUUUUACAUUGCGGCCAUGUUUGAAAGACGAACACUACCUGUGGAGUUCGUUCUUGGAAAUGGGAAGACAUACGGCGGUUAUGAGAAUGUUCCUCUUAAGCCAGGGACGCGUUACAAGAUGUAUGUAAGAGGAGUCACAGAACGUAACGGGGUAAGUAUUCAAGGUUUCAUUUGA